AUGGACUCGUCCGAGUUCCGCGCCGCGGCCCAAGAGGUCGUGGAAGACAUCACCAAGUACUACGAUACCAUCGCCUCCCAGCCCAAGGUCCUCACCUCGGUGACGCCAGGCUACCUCCGCCCUCUCCUCCCGGCCGCCGCCCCCGAGGACCCGGAGUCCUGGCAGGCCAUCCACGCCGACCUCCAGUCACACAUCGUCCCGGGAAUCACCCACUGGCAGUCCCCGUCCUUCCACGCCUUCUUCCCCUGCUCCUCCUCCUACCCAGCCAUGCUCGCCGAGCUCUACUCCAACGCCUUCAACGGCGCCCACUUCAACUGGAUCUGCUCCCCGGCCGUUACCGAGCUCGAGACCAUCGUCCUCGACUGGCUCGCCCGCCUCCUCGCCCUGCCCGCGUGCUACCUCUCCACCGCCCCGACCCGCGGCGGCGGCGUCCUCCACGGCACCGCCUCCGAGGCCAUCCUCACCGUCAUGGUCGCCGCCCGCGACAAGUUCCUCCGCGCCGCCACCGCCCACCUCCCCGACGGCUCCGACGAGAAAGAAGACGAGUCCUGGCGCCUGCGCUCAAAACUCGUCGCCCUCGGCAGCGAGAUGGCCCACUCCUCCACCAAAAAGGCCGCUCAGAUCCUCGGCGUCCGCUUCGCCACCGUCCCGGCCCCCGCCGAGACCGGCUAUGCCAUGUCCGGCGCCGCCCUCGCCGAAACCGUCGCCGCCCUCCGCGCCCGCGGCCUCGAGCCCUUUUAUCUCACCGCCACCCUCGGCACCACGGACACCUGCGCCAUUGACGAUUUCCCCGGCAUCCGUGACGUGCUCUCCGCCGCCGACGAGCGGGACAGGAUCUGGGUCCACGUCGACGCCGCCUACGCCGGCUCGGCCCUCAUGCUGCCCGAGAACGCCCACCACACCGAGCCCUUUGCCACCUUCCACUCCUUCAACGUGAACCCGCACAAGUGGAUGCUGACAAACUUCGACUGCUCCGCCCUCUGGGUCCGCGACCGCGCCUGGCUCGUCGAGUCGCUGAGCAUCAAGCCCGCCUACCUGCGCAACCAGUUUUCCGAGGCCGGCCUCGUCACCGACUACCGCGACUGGCAGAUCCCCCUCGGCCGCCGCUUCCGCAGUCUGAAGCUGUGGUUCGUCCUGCGGGCCUACGGCGCCUCCGGCAUCCGCGCCCACCUGCGCCGUGGCAUCGACCUCGGCGAGAGGUUCGCCGACAUGGUCCGGUCGAGAGACGACCUGUUCGAGAUCAUCACGGGGCCUCGGUUCGCCCUCGUCGUCUUCACGUGCAAGGGAGCGGACCGGGCCGAGGGCAACAGUGUGACAGAGGCCGUGUUGGAGGCCAUCAACGGCGAGGGCGUCAUCUACCUCACACCGACGACAUUGCACGGCACCUACGGCAUUCGCAUGUGCACGAGCAGCAGCCAGAUCGGUGAGGAGGAACACAUCAAGAAGGCUUUUGAUAUCUUGGUCGCAACGACGGAGAAAACAUUGGCUGAGCGAAAGUAG